AUGGAUAACUCCCAAUUGACUCUCACUAAACCACAGCAGGCACCCACUUCCUCCAUCCCUGGUAUCCAAGUUUGCAAAAGCUGUGCAGGAGCAGUUCUUCAUGCACAACAUCUCACAUUCCUUGAGUUCCAUACUUCUCUUAAAAUCUUCAGCUUUCAAAGACACUCAUUGGCUACUGAUGAGAGGCUUAAUGCUCUAGAAGAAGAGGUACGGCUUCUGUGGGCUGCAUCAAGAAAGUACAACUUCGAUCUUCAUCUUUUAGAGUUUAAAGCACAAGAUGCCGAGGAUAGACUCGGUUGCCUCUCAGGCUCAAAAGGUAAUGCACUGAUGUACUCAAUCCAUCUUUGGUCUGUGGCUAUGACUGUGUGA